AGGGAAAAGUUAGAGGAAUAACACUAACUGCGGCGACGGGAAAACAAGUAGAUGCAUGGUUUGGAAUUCCCUAUGCCCAAAAACCGCUCGGAGAUCUGAGAUUCCGUCAUCCACGACCAGUGGAGAAUUGGGGAGAUGAAAUACUUAAUACAACGACACUGCCACAUUCAUGCGUUCAAAUUGUAGAUACCGUAUUUGGUGAUUUCCCGGGGGCGAUGAUGUGGAAUCCCAACACGGAUAUGCAGGAAGACUGUCUCUAUAUUAACAUAGUUACGCCUAAACCUCGUCCAAAAAAUGCUGCGGUAAUGCUCUGGGUCUUUGGUGGCGGUUUUUAUUCUGGAACUGCUACUUUGGACGUUUAUGAUCCAAAAAUUCUCGUUUCUGAAGAGAAAAUCGUGUAUGUUUCAAUGCAGUAUCGAGUGGCAUCAUUAGGAUUUUUGUUUUUCGAUACACCGGAUGUACCUGGAAAUGCCGGCUUAUUUGAUCAAAUAAUGGCAUUGCAUUGGGUAAAAGACAACAUAGAAUACUUCGGUGGGAACCCUCAUAAUAUAACUUUAUUCGGUGAAUCAGCAGGAGCUGUGUCAGUUUCUUUGCAUUUACUUUCACCCCUUUCAAGAAAUUUGUUUACGCAAGCCAUCAUGCAGUCGGGAGCAGCGACUGCACCCUGGGCUAUUAUAUCUCGGGAAGAGAGCAUUCUUCGUGGAAUACGUUUAGCUGAAGCUGUUCAUUGUCCAAACUCUAGAACAGAUAUAGGUCCGAUGAUUGAUUGCUUACGAAAGAAAAGUGCAGAUGAACUUGUUAAUAACGAAUGGGGGACAUUAGGAAUCUGUGAAUUUCCUUUUGUUCCUAUAAUUGACGGAUCAUUUUUAGAUGAGAUGCCUAUGAGAUCUUUGAUUCACCAGAAUUUCAAAAAGACAAAUAUUCUAAUGGGGUCUAAUACUGAAGAGGGUUAUUAUUUCAUUCUUUAUUAUCUCACGGAAUUAUUUCCAAAAGAAGAAAAUGUAGGUAUCACGCGAGAGCAAUAUUUGCAAGCUGUAAGAGAAUUAAAUCCUUACGUAAAUGACGUAGCUAAACAAGCUAUUGUAUUUGAGUACACUGAUUGGUUGAACCCUGAUGAUCCAGUUAAAAAUCGAAACGCAUUAGACAAAAUGGUUGGUGACUAUCAUUUUACUUGUGGUGUUAAUGAAUUUGCUCAUCGAUACGCGGAAACUGGUAACAAUGUGUACACGUACUACUAUAAACAUCGCAGUAAGAAUAAUCCUUGGCCAUCGUGGACUGGUGUGAUGCAUGCUGAUGAAAUUAACUAUGUAUUCGGUGAACCUCUCAAUCCAGGGAAAAACUAUUCACCAGAAGAGGUUGAGUUUAGUAGACGACUGAUGAGAUAUUGGGCUAAUUUUGCAAGAACUGGGAACCCUUCGAUCGAUCCGAAUGGCGAAAUAACAAAAGUCCAUUGGCCACUCCAUACAGCUAGUGGCAGAGAAUAUCUCUCCCUGGCUGUCAAUUCCAGUGCUGUAGGUCACGGUCUACGCGUCAAGCAAUGUGCAUUUUGGCAAAAAUACUUACCUCAACUCAUGGCCGCCACCAAUAAGCCGGAACCUCCAAAGAACUGCACCAACAGAGCAGAAACUGCAGAUAUUUCUUUCAAUACUCUCAGCUUUAGUUUGAUUGCAAUUGUUAACUUUCACUCAAUAUUUUUUAAAUUCCUCAAUUAAACUAUGCUAUUAUUUUUAAGCUUCAGUUAGUUCAAUUGUUUUAUUCGAUUGUGCUUUGUUUUUAAGCCUUGAGUAUAUUUAGUUGUUGUUGAAUUUAGAUUGUUUAGAAUUUUUAGUUAUAAGCCACCUGAAGUGUUAAAUUGCGCUAUAAGUCCAGAAUAUACUCUAUUAGACGAUACUCGAUGUUAAGUUCCAUAUUUAAUAUAUAAGUGAUGAAUAAUUAUUGUUUAUGUACUAAUAUUAAAAGGAGUGAUGUCUCCAACAACAUAUCACUUGUUAAGAAUAAAAUUAUAGGAUGUACGUAGAGGUAAUUUUGUCAUAGCUGAUAAGUCACUACAUAUCUUUCGAGGUGGGAGGUGUAGAAUUGUCCGAAGACUAAUUAAACAUGUCUUUUGGUAAAUGUUAAGGAUACGUCUCGUCUAAUGGAAAAUGACAGGCAUGUUUUUAUCAGAACUCUUCAAGGAGAUUGUCUUGAUGUGUUCUUAGAAUGACUCUCAAGUAUUGCGAAUGAAGUGCUACGACUUUGUUAUCUACUAAGUGCUUUAGCGAUACUGGUAUGAUCUAUGAAGCAAUUUCUAUCUCGGAGAAAUAGAAAAGGAAUUGUAAUGGAUUUUAAAUGUUCCAAAGCAUUGUAUGGUCCUUCUGAGGCGUAUCAUUUACCAUCAAGUGAAGGUCUUGGUUUCGCCAAUUAGAAUUAUUAAAAAAAUAUUUAAUUAAUUCAAUGGCGGCGUUAGAAUGAUAACGAAAUAUUGUUAGCUUUAAUGCGCCUCUAUAACAAUACAUAUCACGCAAGGCAUAGAAAUGUUUAAGUUCAUUCUAGCCUUAGGAGUAAGUUAAUGAAAUAAGCUAGGCCAUUUCACAACUUUGUAGUGGACCAAUAUUAGAAAGUUGUACGUGAUAUACGGAACGAUAUAAAUUAUUCGGAAUCUGAAGACGAUUAUGAUUCAAACGAUGUUUUUGGAUUAACAAUAAAACACAAUACAAUCUAUGUUCAAUCUGACAUUGCGUAAACAAAGAUAAUGCUAGUUAGUAAAAAGGUUUGUAAGUUUUUCAACUCUAAUACAAAAACAAAUGAAAGAAUAUAUCGCAAACCGAUAGAUGUUAGUAUACUGAGUAUGUUUGAGCAUACAAAUUAGUAUCUUAUUAUUUUAGAAACGAUACAUUUAGGUUAUCAAAUAUAGUUGCGAACGGUUCAGCUUUGGUAUCUUUAAAUGUUACUUAGGAAUCUUUACAAUUCGUUCAAGAGUUUAGAAUUUUAUUGGUGCAGUAUCUUUUAGUGAGUUGCAUUCUUAGCAAUGGAUUUUUUCAAUUCUGUAUAUACAGUAUGAAUAAUUUUGUAAAUUAGAUGCUCGAAUUUAUUUCGCUUUACUUAUCUUGAGUAUUUUAAAAUUGUCAGGCUACAUCUGUAGUCGAUUAAUGUAAGAAUAUUGAAAUCAUAACCUGUUGUGGAAGACGAUAUUUUAUGAGAUUUAGAAUAAAUAAACUAUGUAAUACUAUGUAGAUGAAUUUCAGGCUUUUAUUUAUUUCGAUACAUAAGUAGAAACAGUAAAUGUAUGUAAAAGAACUUCGGCUAAUGUUAGUGAUGAAUGUUGGUAUUCAAGUCGCUAUCCUUCGCAUUAGGUAUUUCACGAACUACGCUUACUUUUAGAGUGCCUCUCGUUCUCUUUUUGUAUAAUUUUUAUAUGCAUGUAUACGUAGAUAUAGGUUGUAAAUUAGCACUGAUUUUAUUUAAAAUUAAGUUUUUAUUUACUUUUAAACUAUUUGUAGUGCCAAAAUAUAUGAAAUGCUUUUGUCGGGAUAUAGUUUUUUUUUCACCUCAUGUAGUACUAUACUUUGUGAAUCGUUUCAGAAGUAUAUUAAGUUUUGUCAAUGUUAACUUAAUAAAAAAAAACAUGUGUAAUUAUGGAAGUCUUGCGAUAUUUAAACUUCGUAGUUCUUAAACUUAAUGACUAUUGACAUAAAAAUUUUUGUACAAUUGUUAAAUGAAAGAAUUUCUAAUUGUAUAAUUAAGAGAUUUCUUAUUUGAGAUACGUGAUUCGGCAAUUACAUUCUCAUUGAAUUUUAAAAGUUAUUCGUAAUAAUUUAGAAAUUGAUAUGUAUUUUGACGUCGAUAAAGUAACUAAAUUAAUGCACCGAUAUUUUGCUUUGUACCCGCUUAACAGCAAGAUAACGAAUAGGCCUAAAAAUAAUCAAGUUCUCAUCUUCAAAGGCCUAAGCUAAGCAGAAUUGAUUUUAGUCAAUUUAUCUUUUAAAUUAUAAUAGUAACCAUGUUUAAACUUAUU